AUGUCCGCGUCGCCUACCCAACCUGCCAACUCGGCCAAGCGUCCCCUCGAGGAGACCUCGUCUCCUUCGCGUAGCAACGACCAGCCCGACGCGAAGCGACCAGCCUUGGACAAGAUACUGAAGAGUGAUGAGGAGGUUGAGAUGGCGCAGCCGCUCGACGCAACUACCAUCCCAUCCGCGGAUGCGAACGGUGCCGACAAGACCAACGGCGCUGAUACAAAGUCUGAGGCUGGUGACGAAGGCGCUGAAGGUUCCGAGACGAAGCCUAUCCAGAGCUCCGUUGCCGGCUCCGUUCCCGCGACGUCCACGCCCUCGGCAAGUCACGAUGAGAGAGAUUGGAUUCACAUUCGCGCGGUCAUCUCCAGCCCGGAAGCUGCCACUGUCAUUGGGAAGGGUGGAGAAAAUGUGUCAAACAUUCGCAAGAUGUCGGGUGCCAAGUGCACCGUCAGCGAUUACCAGAAGGGUGCCGUUGAGCGCAUCUUGACCGUCAGCGGCGUUGUCGAUGCUGCUGCAAAGGCCUUCGGUCUCAUCAUUCGGACUCUCAACAAUGAGCCUAUGGCCGAGCCAUCCAGCGCCCAGUCAAAGACGUAUCCUCUGCGCCUGCUCAUCCCUCACAUCUUGAUCGGUUCCAUCAUCGGAAAGGGCGGAGCUCGUAUCCGCGAGAUCCAGGAGGCUUCCGGUGCAAGGCUUAACGCGUCCGACUCCUGCCUGCCUCUGUCGACCGAGCGUUCGCUGGUGGUAAUGGGUGUUGCUGACGCGGUUCACAUCGCUACGUACUACGUCGGCAGCACCCUGCUAGAGCAGCUGAACGACCGGUUCGGCGGCCCUGCUGCCUCCGCGUAUGCGACAAGGAGUGGUGGCCCUGCUGGCGUUGUCCCUGGCGGCAUGCAAGUCGUCCCGUACAGCCCACAGCCAACCACUGGCAACUACGGUAACCGUGAUAACUACAACCGCAGACACGACGCUCGCGCCCAACAUCACGGCUUGCCAGCUGCUCCGUACGGCGCGCAGCCGUACCCUCACCAGGCAGCCCAGCCCAACCCGGCCAUGCCUAUUCACUACGGUGCAGCGCAGGCUGGCGGCUAUGGCGCCGCUGCUCCUAUGCAACCCCACGCCGGUGCUGCCAUGCCUCAACCUCACGGCGCUCACCCGGCUCAGCCCGUUCACGGAGGAGCCAUGCCGGGCGCGCCUUUGACCCAGCAGAUCUACAUCCCCAACGAUAUGGUUGGCGCCAUCAUCGGAAAGGGCGGGCAAAAGAUCAACGAAAUACGCCAGAUCAGCGGUAGUGUGAUUAAGAUCAACGAGCCGCAAGACAACAGCAACGAACGGCUGGUCACAAUCACGGGCACAGAGGAGUGCAACAGGAUGGCGCUUUACAUGCUCUACUCUCGUCUUGGUAAGCAGAUUGAGGACGAGGUCAGCCGGGUCGAGCAAGAGUGCUAA